UGCAUCAGACUGCAUCGCCGCUUCCUCGAAACAAGUUGUUUUGCAUCCUCGUGGGGCAAAUAAGACAUUUUCUGGUGUUCUUKAAGCCGUUUUGGAACAAUUAUCAAAAUGUGCGGAAUUUGGGCYAUCUUUGGAAUUCCUGACUACCCYAAGUAYGCAUCGUAUGCAAUGAAGAUAACAGGGCGUGGUCCGGACUGYUUUCGCAUGGAGACCAUWCCACAUUUCGAGAAUUGUUGCCUUGCRUUUCACCGUCUUGCUGUCGUUGACGAUCUGUACGGUAUGCAGCCAAUGAGAGUCAAGAAGUUGCCUCACCUGUACUUACUGUACAAUGGAGAAAUCUACAAUCAUAAAAUGGUGGAGGAACAGUACGACUUUGAUGUUAUGACGAAGUGUGAUGGUGAAGUCAUUCUCCAUCUUUACGACAAAUUCGGCGCGGAGAAGACGGCUCAGAUGCUUGACGGCGUGUUUGCAUUCUGCAUUAUCGACACCAAGAAAAAGCAAGUGCACUUAGGAAGAGACACGUUUGGAGUUCGUCCRAUGUUUAGGUUGACAAUGAAAGGGAUGCUGGAGGCUCCAUUGGCAAUGUGCUCAGAAAUGAAGUCCCUGGUGGACAUUGAGAAACACAUAGCUGAUAACGGACAUAAGACUGAACUAGCAGCGUUUCCCCCAGGACAUUAUGCAUCAUACAGUAUGAGCGCCGAUGGAUUACUGAGCCUGAUUAAAACAGGGCCUUACACCCACAUUGGAAAGAGACCUGUCUUUGAGACAAAAGUUCAACCCAAAUCCUCCGAUCACUUCGAAAAUAUACGUGUAAUUUUCACUGAGGCUGURAGGAAACGUYUAAUGGCUGACCGUCGCAUUGGAUGUCUCCUCUCAGGCGGUCUGGACUCUAGUUUAGUGGCUGCUUUACUAACRAAGCUGGCUAARGAAGCUGGGAUAGAUUACCCAAUCCAGACGUUCUCCAUUGGUAUGGAAGGYAGCACUGAUGUCAUGGCUGCGAGGAAGGUCGCAGCUCAUAUCAAYAGUGAACACCACGAGGUUACAUUUAGCGCGGAAGAAGGUAUUCAGGCUCUAAAAGAYGUCAUUUACGCCUUGGAAUCGUACGAUAUCACGACCAUCCGUGCUUCAGUUGGUAUGUACCUAGUGUCCAAGUACAUAAGCAAAGAAACAGAUACCGUUGUACUGUACUCUGGCGAAGGUUCUGAUGAACUAUGUCAGGGUUAUAUCUAUUUCCACAAGGCUCCUUCGGCCGACGAAGCAGACGAAGAGACCAGACGCCUUCUCAAAGAUCUAUACAUGUUUGACGUGUUAAGGAGUGAUCGUUCAACGGCUGUUCAUGGUCUUGAAGUACGUGUACCAUUUCUUGAUGUCGACUUUACUUCAUACUUCCUUUCCCUUCCAGCGGAAUUGAGGCAACCGAACAAGGGAAUAGAAAAGUGGCUUCUCCGAAGUGCUUUCGAUGGAACUGAUCUUCUUCCUAAAGAUAUCUUGUGGAGACCAAAAGAAGCGUUCAGCGAUGGAGUCUCGAGCACCGACCCUGGCAAGUCUUGGUUUGAAAUUCUUCAGAAAUUCGUCUCAAGUCAAGUUCCCGAUGAAGCGCUAGCCGAAGCUGAGAAGCUGUACCCAUUUAACACUCCCACGACCAAAGAGGCGUUCUACUAUCGYCAAAUAUUUGAAAACUCCUUCAAAGGACACGAGAAUCUGAUUUCUUAUUUCUGGAUGCCGAAGUGGAUUGAAGCGAAAGAUCCCUCUGCAAGAACUCUCUCUCAUUACAAGUGACUURUUACAGUGACUUGUGAUUGGCAGUUAACUUAGAACUUAUUAUAGAUAAUACUGCAAUGGAAUAUAAGUUAUAAAAAGUUGUAUCUAUAUUUCUGCAAAUAAAACAUGUUGUGUCCCUGAGA